UCCGCGCCGGCGGCCCCGCGCCCGGCCGCCAGAGCCAGACUCGCCGCAGACAGGCGGCAGCCAGCGGAGCGGGCAGGGCGGGGGGAGGAGAAGGAGGAGGAGGCGGCGGCGGCGGCGGGGCUGGGAUGAGUUGGAGGCAGCCGCGGCCGCAGCCUGCGCGCAGGGAGGGAGGCGGCGCGGCGCCCCGCGGGAGGCCAGCCCCGAGCGGGGGCCGGGGGGAGGUCACACUCAGUAUUCACAACCAGAAGGAAGAGGAAGAAUCUCCUGACUCCCUGGACAUCAAGGAUAUCGCUAUGUUACUUUGGUGAGCGUGCCUGAGAGGAGACAACACGAGAGAGGAGAGACAAUUGAACACCACCAUUGGCUGGGACCUUGAAAAAAUGGUGCUGGAGGAACAGAGGAUUAGAACUUAGUUGUAAAAGGAAAAUCGAGUCCUGGCAGAUGAUUUUCUUCAUUUCCACGUCCACCAUGGCUCAGAUCCUCUGGCUGGCCGGUUGAUGGGACUGUCCAACGCUUGCUGCUUGGGUUCAGUGCAGAUAUCCCCAGUGCCUACAGACUGAAAGACCCGGGAUCAGGUGGCAAUUGGAUGGUGCCAAAUCCAGGAAUAGAAAGAGAAAUGGACUCUGACGGGCGAAGAUGGAAGUGACUUGACAGCUUCAAGCUCAGCAGUUGUCUCCAGUAAGGACAGGUUAAGGUUGGAAUCACAAGCUUUGCUGGGAGAGCAGUAUGCAGGAAGCUGGUUUUCAGGCCACAAAUGCUUUCACAGAGUGCAAAUUCACCUGCGCCAGUGGUAAAUGCUUGUAUCUUGGUUCAUUGAUUUGUAACCAACAGAAUGACUGUGGGGAUAACAGUGAUGAAGAGAACUGUCUGCUUGUAACAGAGCAUCCACCUCCAGGCAUCUUUAGCUCUGAACUGGAGUUUGUUCAAAUCAUCAUUAUCAUUGUGGUUAUAACUGUUAUGGUGGUAGUGAUCAUCUGCUUGUUGAACCAUUACAAACUCUCGACACGCUCCUUUAUCAACCGUCAGAGCCAAAGCAGAAGACAGGAGGAUACUUUGCAGACAGAAGGGUGCUUGUGGCCUUCGGAAAGCUCGGUUUCACGCCAGGGUGCUUCAGAGAUUAUGUAUGCUCCAAGGUCCAGGGACAGGUUUACCGCCCCAUCUUUUAUGCAGCGGGACCGUUUCAGUCGCUUCCAGCCUACUUACCCAUACAUGCAGCAUGAGAUUGACCUUCCUCCAACCAUUUCCCUCUCGGAUGGGGAAGAGCCGCCACCAUACCAAGGCCCGUGCACCCUUCAGCUCCGGGACCCAGAGCAGCAGAUGGAGCUCAACCGGGAAUCUGUCAGGGCACCGCCCAACCGAACCAUUUUUGAUAGCGACUUGAUAGACAUUUCCAUGUACAAUGGGGGCCCCUGCCCACCGAGCAGCAAUUCGGGCAUAAGUGCAACCAACUAUAGCAGUAAUGGAAGGAUGGAAGGACCACCCCCGACGUACAGCGAGGUCAUGGGGCACUACCCAGGCUCCUCGUUUUUCCAUCACCAGCACAGCAAUGCUCCUCCUUCCUCGCAGAGGGGGAGCAGACUUCAGUUUCAGCAGAACAAUUCAGAGAGCACAAUUGUCCCCAGCAAAGGCCAAGACCGGAAACCAGGGAACCUGGUCUAACUCACUCUCCGAGGUGCAUUUGGACUGAAGACAAGAGAUUGAAGCAGGGCGGCGGAGGAAGAGCCCCGUGCUCCGGUGCACAAUGUUGUUACAUUUCACAUGGUACAACUUUAGUAAAACCAAACGUGCAAACCAGUUGUUUGUUUCUGAUUCCUUUCAGGGGAAUUGCAUGCAAAGCAGAUCGAAAGAAAUAUAAACUUCCAUUCAAAUUGUCUAUGAGCAGUGUUUCGGGGGGUGGGGGGAAGGGGAAUAUAUUAUUUUUUUUUAAUAAACUAUUUCAAUUAUUUAAUUCUAAAAAGUAAACUUAGCACAGAAAUGAGGCUUGUACAGCCGAUUUUGUACUCACUGAAUGGCAGAAAGACGAAGGUUUUGCUAGUUAAAUGGGGGAAGAAUUGGCCAGUUUGCUUUUUUUUUUCUCCCAGGGUGUGCUUUUUUUUUUUUAAAUAUGAAUCAAAAUUCCUGUUUUGUGUGCCAAGGUAUAAAGUUGAGAACUUAGAUGAAUGCAAGGAAUUAAUUUGUGUUGUGAUAAAUGUGUUUUAAAAAGUUGCACUAUCUUAAUGUUUUAAAAAUUAUAUAUGAGGGAACUGUUUUAUGUGAAGUUCUUCUAUAUGUUGUCUUUUCACCUGUGGAAUAACAAUUGAGCCCCAGAAGUGAUCUGGAGGAGUCUGCCCCUCCCCCCCCAGGUUUGCUAGAGAAGGGGACAGGACUUAGCCUAACAUCUCUUGACUUACACAAAUCGAGAAAUACAGGGACACUUAACUUGUUGACUUUGCAAUAAUUUGCAUCUGAGUAACAGCGCAUCACUGAAGUGUCUUGGUGACUUUCGGAUGGAAGAAGGCAAAUGUGACAUCCCAGCAUUUUCCAUCACUUAGAGUUUAGCUAUUUUGCAGUUUAGACUUGUUUGUUUCAUAAAAGACAAAACAAAAACCCAGAUGUGUUGAUUUGUAUUAAUCCUAACAAAGUGCUGCCAUUCUUUUCAUAAUGCAGUAUCGCCAGUACUUAAGGUUUUAGAGAUUUUUGUUCUCACUGUAGCCUGAAGUGUAUUUAGUCACAUAUCAUGACAUUAUGCAAUAAAUUGUUUAAAAACCCAGGGUGGGUUUUUUCCCCUGCAAUGCUGUUAACAUAUGUGAGACUCUGUUGUGCUUUGCGCUCUCCAUUGCAUCUUUUAGAUACUGAAGUUCAGCCCUGGCAGUCCAUCCCGCUGGAGUGAAUGGGCCUUUGUGGCUGUGACCCCCGCGUGGCCUCCACAGCAGUGCCGGGGCUGGCAGGCAGGAGCGUUCACGCUAAGUGUUGGCCUUCAGCUCUGGAGGCUGUGGUGGGAGCCCUCCUCUGUGCACGUCGUCUCGUGGGCGCCAGCAGGACUGUGCUUAUGGAUGGAGGUCACUCGUGUAGUAAUGAAGCAUCUAUGAGCCUGGUUUUUGUCAUGCUGGUCUUAAAAGUAAUGGGAAGGUUUUGCCUGCUGGUAAAAUGGCGCGCAAGGCACUUCUUCCCUACCUUGUUUUGUGUGGGAGCAAACGCAGCACUGGAAGGCAGCUGGUGAAUGGUGGUAGUGGCAGCACAAGCACAUGAAAAAAGCACAACUUGCACUUAAAAUGCAUUUUGGAAAUGGACUUAAAGUAAGAACCUAUGGAGUCUUAGUUUGAAUACUUUCUAAUAUAUAUGUGUGUGUGUGCGCGUCAUCGAUUUUUCACCUUUUCUACCCCCUGAAGCCUUGUGCUUGGUGCCCGGGUGCAAGCACCACAUGCACCGGGUGCCGGCUCCUAUGGCCAGAGACAGGACUUCUGCAUGGCUUCUGGCUGGGCACCUGAGGCGAAUCUUUGAUCUAUGCAGAGUUUUAAUGCCAAAACAGUGUGUGUGUCUUUGGUGUGUGUGUGCGUGUGUUGUGUAGGCCUCAUCAUAGGUUGUUUUCUUCAUAAGCUAAUUCGGUUUUAUGCUAGUUUAGGAAAUGUUUGCAGAAGGCAAGACCAGCCAGUGUUGAUUUUGGUCUUUGGUGACUUUUGCUGUCCUUGGGAAGUGAGCUUUGGCCAGACAGUGCGUGUGCCUACGCAGAUCCUUUGCGGUUGCCUCAAUAAGGGUUAUUUAGCCAAGAAGCCUUUAGGUGAGAACAGCUGGAACUCGAUGGUUGUGUCUGAGCAUGCCUGGUUGGGGCCCUGGGGUUGGACCAGUUGAACACCAGCAUCUCCCCCUGUGCAGAUCUCACAGGAGUGAGCCUUGGACUUACCUUCAGGGUCACCUCUGGGGAACAUACUUUCUUUGAAGUCAGCCCUUUGCCAUCCUUUGGCAUCUCUGUAUGCUGGUGAAUUUCUGCGUAUUCCAUUCAUGUUCUUGGGAAUUAUGGUUGUCACAGUUUCUUGAUUGAAGACAUUUUUCUGUGGAGAAUGUGAGCCGUUUCACCCAUUCUGCAGAAAAAAGUAGUGGAGAAAACAACAACUCUUAAUAUUUGCUCACCUAAUGGUUGCAUUUUUUCCUGCAUCUUUGCCUUCUCUUUGUGUUUUACUGUGCAAAGCUCACAUGCAGCCAUCAGUAAGGAAUUGUAAUGGCCUGGUGCUUGGUGCAGGCAAGCUGUCAUCCACUGCUUUCAUUUGAGGGCCUCUUACGGGAAUAGAUGCGAUAUUUCUGAAUAAAUAUUAAGGGUAUUUGAUGGGAAUCCCAGCAACAAUGUAAAGUUACAGAAGUGUGUGUGUUCCUUUUUUGUUGUUAUAGUGAGAGGAAAUCUGCCUUUGCACCAGAAACAAGUAACAAAAUUAAAUAGUGUUAUUAAUACUUACAGGUUUAGAAGUCUGUAUACUCUGAAUGCUGGUGAUUCUUUGCAGCAUUUGUGGAGAAUUCGCUUUGAAAACACCCAGAAUUAGGUUCCAUAGCCACUCAAAUGUGACUUUGGAAGCUAUUAAAGAUUUCAGUAAGCCUUGUAGAGUUAAUUAUGUAGAUUACAACUCCAUACUGGUGCUCUACUGUGCACGGAAAACAUAUAAUGCAUGUGCAGAGUUUUCUGUCUGAUCAAUCCUACUAGCCUGACCUCUGGCUGCAUCUCCUGAUCUUUGCUGAAUAACCCAUCUUCCCAAAAUUCACUCCGAUAUGCCCAGCUCAGAAAUUUUCAGGCUAAAAUAAUUAUUUUUUUUAUUACAAAUUAAAGCAUCAUGACCUCUCCUCUGUCUACCACAAAGAUUAGUUCUUCCCCUUAGCGGCUUGGCAUGCGUCCCUUCUUGGUGCUAAAUACAUCUGUUUGCUUUCCUGUGGUCCUGCAGGGCUGGAUGUGUGGGAUGCUUCGCCAUAAGGAAAAGAUUUCAGGAGGAAUGUGCUUUCUGUGGAUGGAAGAAGAAGCUGUGUAGUGCUGGAUGAGUCCUGUCAGGCAGUGCAGUGCUGGGCCUGCAGGCUGACACCCUGGUGUUGGGGCAUGGGGAUGCUCUGGAGUAGAUGGGCUGCUAGCAUUCUGCUUACUCCAAGCUCUGCACAUUUAAGCAGGUGGAAAUGGAUGUUCUAAAGUUGUUCUCUGUAGGUUUUUUGGGGGUUUUGUUUUCCUUUUCCAAGGUUAAACUGUAUGCUUGAUGGUACACUUGAAGAUAUUUAUGAUUGUCCGAUUGUCCCCAGGCUCUCUCUGGUCAUUACCAUUGAGUUGUGUUGAUGUGCAUGUGUGUGUAUACAUACCUGCAUGCAAAAUUGUGCCUGUGACCUGUUCAUCCAUUCUCUAUGUAUUAAUUACUAUUCCAUUAUCACCUCCCAGAAAUGCUAACUGGCAUCGUGCUCCCAGGAGCGAUGACAGAUCGUUUGUCACACUGGGAGGCAUGAGGAAUAUUUGUUUCUUGCUCCUGUGACUGUUGUGCACUGUUUUUGUCAGUUGGGAAGUUUUGCUGAGUGGAUCCUAGCCCAUGCCCUGCUAUGCUAGUCCAUCUUCCAUCCAACUGCUCUCCUUUUUCAGGCUGGGCUUUGAAAAAUCCUCAUGUUUUUGGGACAGCUCUAAUGUAGACCUCAUGUGAUGAUUUAUGCAAAGCAAUGUAAUUCAUGCAUUCUUUAAAUCUCAGAAGCAUGUUAUUUCAAACCUUGCUGAUGCUCAGAACCAAGGGAUAUAUUAGUGUACUGGAUGGAUGAAGGUUGGCUUUUGAUUACAUCUUUGCUUUUUAGAUAAAUGGCGUUAGGAAGAAUUGAAUCAAUGCCCAAUGGCCUGAGUUGCCUGCUUGCCAACCAGCAUGGCUAUAACUGCUCUUCUAAACUACCCCCAAAUGUGUCAGUUGUUUUAAAUACCUGGAAAAGAGGACUCACGCUGUAUUAUUUGAGACCAGUUGAGGCCCCUUAGAAUGUGAAAAAAUCCCUUGUGAAGGUAUGCUGGAUGUACAGAGGUUUCCUGGCCAAGUUCUUUGUAUUUCCUCUAUUUUGUAUUAGUAAACUGAACCUCAAAAUUUUAAGAAUGGCGCAGCUGAAAAGGUUGGUUGGUAAGAUUUUUUUAUAUUUAAUAGCUUGCCAGUGUUGGUUCAUCAGUCAGGGGUGCAAGUUACCUUCUGUCCCACCUCUGCUUGUUGUCGCUGUGCUGGCAAAAGCCCCACUGGGCACACUCACACCAGCAAAAAUAAGUCAUUUUAUUGACAUGGCUCCACCUGGGGAUUAGCAGGAGCUGCAUCACAAAAUUCAGCCUCCACGAGCAAUGCUGGAGCCAGUUGUCUCUUUCCAGCAAACUGUUUCCUUGUCAGUGUCAGCUCUGUUUGGAUGAAGUCCUUUAUCAUGCUGGUGGGAAGGAGGCUGCUGGUGUUCCCUUGGAAGAGUCACUGGCAUUAAAUGCAUUUCAGGGCCAUUCUGCUUUCAAAGGAAAAACAACAUAAUCACGUAAUGAGACUUGUUGCAAACUCUCCCAGCUUUUCCUUCUGCCUUGCUGUUUUCUCCCUGUUUGCAGGCUGAGCAAAAGCAACUGGGUGGCACUGGUUCUGCUUCAGCACCAGCAGAGCUUAUUUUUGUGUUGGUUGGCAGAAACAAACUCAUAUCCCAGAAAGUUCCCCCUUCACCCCAACAGCCGCUUUCUGUGUGAUUUACUGCUGGAGAUGACUCUGUCAUUUCUUUGCUGUAUUACUGCUGCUGCUGCUGCUAUUUUACCUGGUUUGGUAUGUGAGCUUUCUGAGAUGGUGUGGGAUGUGUAGGAUCUUGUGGGUGAUGAAACUGUCUCUUUUUCUUCUUCCUUUCUCUCUUUGGUUUGUGCUUGUCUGUCUGCUCUGGUAGGGUUAUUAAUGAGUUAUCGAUGUACGUGCUAGGUAUAAUUUUGAGGAGGUUUGCAUGUUGGUAGUUUGUAAGCAACUAAGGUGCCUCAUGUUCAGGUCUGAGCAGAUGGGAUCCCCUUGCACUUGAGGGCCUGACUCAAUGCCUGGUGCCGUUGUUGGAUGGACUCUUGCUGACUCCAGGGGGCGUUGGGUCAGGCCUCGCGCUCCCACCUUUGUUGUGCCUCACUUACAAUGGUGCUUUUUUGGUCAUCUGUCUUUUUCUUUCCAGUUUUGUUAGUUUUUGUUGUCGUUGUUUGGGUUUUUUUGUUGUUGUUGUUUUUGUUUUUGUAUGGUGCUGUGUAUAACUUGAAUAUAUUAUGCACAUAUCCUACCCAAUGGGUAGAACAACAAACACACAAAAACAAAUAGAUGUUAAUACUGUAAGAUAAUGUAUAGAUGAUACCAAUUUUAACACAAAAUAAUGGCAUAGACUUUGUGAAUGCCAACUUCUGUGCUUGGUCCUCUUUUGUAAGAAGAUUUGCAAAUGAAUGCAUACAAAUGACAAAAAGUCUAUGUAUUUUAUUUUCCUAUUAAAUAUCAAUAUAAUAUCAUAAGGGAAAAAGUUUGAACAAAUCCUUCUUGGCUCACCUGUGUAUAGCAACUGGUCGUUGGAUGCAUCUUUGCUGUGAAGAUCUGUUCUUUUUUUUUUUUUCUUUAAAUGUCACUUUAAGAAAAAGGAAAAAAAAAGCAAAACAAACGAAACCUCCACAGCUUUAACCUUGCAGCUAGAUGCUUCUUGUCUUGGUCGUUGCCUUGCUAUUGCUGAGUUGGACCAGUAUUCGUUACUACUUCUCCAGCAGAUUUAUUAUUUAUUAUCCUUGAUUAAGUUGUGGUGUUGCUUUCGUUUCUUUUUAACCUAGAAAUGGGCUAAAACCUUUCAGAUCUUUUUUUGUCUGCGUCCUUGAUGGGAAGUGAAGCUCAGACAAGUGGGAACCGAUCUAGACCACCCCCGUGAAAUGGAAAGGAGGCCAACAAGAGUUUUGCGUGUAACCAGCCAGCUCUGCUGUGCUGCUUCCCCGCUGCUGCGCUGUGUGCUGAGCGGAGCGCAGGCCUCGAGGCCUCGCUUUCCUCAUGCCCCACUGCCGUGCCGAUCGCUGACAGCAGCAGCUGAGCCCAGGUCGAUACGUAAUAUGGCAGAAGGAAGGCCGCAGCCUGGUUGGAGCCAGUGUGGAUGUGGAGCCCUUUGUGCUGUGCGUUUCAGUUGGUAGGGUGGUGCCGGCCAGGGGACGGGCCUGCCCGGCUGCUUGGGUCCCCCCGCACGUCCCCGUGCCCCACGCGCUCUCGAUGUGGCUUGUUCGGUGAAGCAAAUACCUCAGGAAAACUAAACGUGAAGUUCUACUUUAGAGAAUUGCAGAUACUCUACUUAUUUUUCUAAGCUGUUAGUUCUAACUAUCCCAGGACGGUAGGUGAUGUACAAGUUUGUCGGUCCGAGACAGACCAGUCCUCUUGCUGAUGGAUGCCGGCUGAUCUCUCAUAGAUAUCCCUGUCUGUACGUAACUUUUUUAUACUUGUCAGGCUUUAACCACAGAUGUAACAUAGCGGUGUGUCAGGAUGUCGUCGAGGUAGUGUUUUUGUUGGUUUUCAGGUGGUAGCCCAGUGCUGUGAGAACUCCCAGGGGCCGUACCUGAGCCCGGUGAAGGCCGUGGUGAAGCCCUGCGGGCUGAGCAGCCCCUGGCUCCCACCUGCAGCGCUCACAGCCCAUGGCUCAGAGCACAGCCCUUGGCCGCCCCAGGGCUUAUCUGCCGACCUGAAACUCCAGCUACGCAUUUGUCUGUAAAUACCUUUUUAAAACCCCCACGGGUGUCCCGUGUCUGAAUGUUGACCGUGGCUGUUCUGUUCUUCGUUUUAAAGAAAUCCAUACGUUUUAUGGCCAGUUCCACAUCGUCAAGCCUGUGCAGGUAGCUUGUCUCCAUCCCUCUCUCUUAUUGAGCUGUUUUAUCAGUAAGCAUGUACCAUAGUGAAGUAUGCAUAUUUUAUGACUGUUGUUUGUUAACUCAUUUAUUGUUUGCCAGGGCAUAGAGCAGUUGUUCUGGAAGUGUGUCUUGCCUGGCCAUGUCACGCCUCUGUUUGCGCUGCAGAACAACUUCUGUGCACGAAGAAAGAAAAGCAAACAAAAAAAGCCAGGCCUUGACUAGCAGGAGUCUUUACAGAGCAAACCUUGUGCUAGAAGAACCUAAGGUGUGAUUUAUCGUAUCAAAACUUGCAUAUUGAGUGGACCAAACAGGAGCAUGUCUCCUUCCAGAGGCAGUAAUUGGCUUGAAGCUGCAGUGGCAGGAGCAGACUCUGAGUGUCUUCACCACCGUGUUCACACUUUGCCAUUUUCCACAAAGCGCAGUAGGCAGCCGGGAUGUUAGAAAAGGUAUAAGCAGAAAUUAGGAGAGCCUCAGGCAUCACAGAGCCUGGACAGCAAAAAUAAUAAUAAAAUCACCUUAAUAUCAUUGAACAACCUUUUCUACUUGCAGUACCAAGGCUAUGUAAGCGCUGUUAGGGAUUUUAAUCUUUAUAGCUAUCAACUGCCCAAUGCUGCUGUGCUCAGAGCAUUUCAUGACAGUAUGUAUAUUGGUCAGGCUGUCUUACUUAAAACUAACCACCCAAUGCCUGGUUUUAGAGUGUGGACCCUCUCUUUGUUGCUUCUUGCUAGUUAUUUUACAGUGUAAAAUGCUUUAUUGCUGUAUGGAUUUUUUUGUAUUUCCAACAUUGUGGCUUUCAAGAUCACACUUUCAGCGUCUCUUAUAUUUUUGUCCAUUUUGUUUCAAGUUAUUCUGAAAUAUGUACAGCACUAUCAACAAUAUUUAAUCUUUCUUUUAAAUUUUAUUGUUGUAAAAACAAAUCUAUUAAAAAACAGUACUUUUUUUUUACAACUGUAUUGGGAUUUCUCAAUAGUUGUUCAUGUGACGCUAUGACAAACCUGAUUUGCUUUAAGUUUUGUUGUUUGUUUGUUUGUUUGUUUUAACCUUAUUUUCCUUUUAACACAAUUAAUUUGUUGCUUAUUUUCCACUGUAACUCCCGGUUAUAUAAAGGAAAAGAUUUCAACUGUUGUGUAUCUGACUCUUUUUAAUUGAGCAAAUGGUGAUGUCCUAGUUUUUAGACCUAAGGUCUGUUAUUGCAAUACUUUUAAAGGAAGAUGUUGCUCUAAGUGCUGUUGUUAGUUUUAAAUACAGAUUUUAUGCUUGUUCUUAAUAUGCUGUGGUUAAACCAUAGCACAGAAUUAUUAAAAACCAUGAAAUGCA